AUGAAAGACUCGGUCACGCCGGUGUCGCAGAAGCGAAGGCACCUACCAUUCUCUGUCCACCACUCGGUCUCCGACGAGAUCAAGAAGCUACUUGCAGCAGAUGUUAACGAGAGAAUUAAGGCCUCCGAGUGGGUCUCUCCAAUUGUAGCAGCUCUCAAGGCAGACGGUAGCAUUCGACUAUGCGUCGAUCUACGAGACCCUAAGAGAGCUGUAGUAGCAGACAGCUUUCCCUUGCCUCAGAUGGAGGACCUCCUCCAUGCCCUCAACGGAGCAUGCUGCUUCUCCAAGGUGGACCUGGCAUCGGCCUACUAUCAAGUUGUGCUCCACCCAGAAAGCAGAGACCUAACUGCGCUGAUUACGCAUGAGGGCCUUUUCAGGUUAAAAAGGGUCUGCUUCUGGUUCGCGUCAGCACCGGCUGCGCUCCAGCAGAUCAUGACGAAGAUUCGUAAAGGCUGCAAAGGGGUCUUGUGUUUCUUGGACGACAUAAUCAUUUUUGUGAAGACUGAGAGCGAACACACAAAGAAGCUGAAGCAAGUCCUUGAACGAAUAGCGGAAGCUGGGCUCAAGCUCAAGGAGAAAUGCAUAUUUAAAGCAUCGGAGGUGUCUUUCUCAGGACAUCGGGUCCGUGCAGAGGGUAUAGCACUGCUCCAGAACAAGGUUGACGCGAUCGUUAAGGCUCUUGCGCCUACAGAUGCAGCCACGCUACGCUCUUUUUAUGGCCAGUUGAAUACUAUACCAAGUUUGUCCCACGACUGGCAUAUGAGGUAG